CUUGAAUCCAGCUCGGUUUGUUAUUUAGUUUUAGCAGAAGCUACAACCAAUUUACUACCAUCAAUCCGCUUAGGACAAUGAAUUUGUCGGCCACUGAAACUUGAGAUAAGAUUCGCGCAAACAAGAAUAUGAUCAGAGUCCAGAUAAAUGUUCCAAAAGUAGCGACAGUCUUGUACACAACCACUGUCGGCACAACCGUCGCCGAUAAGCUGCCUAGCGUCCUCCUAUAUCUCAAGCCUAUACUCAAAUUGACCACAUCGAGACCAACUACUGCUGUCGUGGUUUUUUACAAGACUUCCGCUUCUCAAUCUCUUCCCAUCAAAUUCCAGAUCAAUUUGAAAUUUGACUUUCAGAGUUCUUUUUCUUUCAUCUCUGUGUUUUGUAAAUUGUGUAUAUCCAUCCAGAAAACACUCAAAUGAAUAACUGCACAUAAAAUUUGAAAGAAUUACAAUUUUUGAUCAUGCCAAUUCGUAAAGAAACCACACGUCAUCAUCUUAGAGAUAUAAUACAUAAGGAAAGGAUUCAAAAAGCAAAAGAACGUAGAAUCAAGCGUAAACAACGAAAAGAAAGUGGUGCACCUGCCGGAAUUCCCCAAACUCUUGAAUCACUUAGAACCGUUGAUGAAACAAUUGUUCCUAAAGAUGAUGAGGAAGUUGUCGUUGAGCAUGAAACAGAUGAGUUUUCAUCUAUUUUUAAUGGAGAAAUUACUCCUAAAAUUUUGUUGACUCACUCGGAUCGUGUUUGUCCUAGGACAAUUGGAUUUUGUAAAGAAUUAAGUAUGGUUAUUCCAAAUGUUCAACUUGUUGCACGUUGGCAUUUACCAUUGAAAAAAAUUAUUCCCUUAGCUAUUGAACGUGGAUUCACUUGUUUGUUAAUUGUAAAUGAAGAUCAGAAAAAAAUCAAUACUUUAGUAGUUAGUCAUCUACCGAAUGGACCAACGGCUACAUUUCGUCUAACUAAUGUAUUACUUCGUCGUGAAAUGCGUUCUCUUAAAAAAGUCAAAUAUAUUGAAUCGAAUGUAACACCACAUUUGAUUACUACACGAUUUAUGACACGUCUUGGUCUACGUACUGAACGUAUUCUAAGUUCAUUAUUUCCUAAUGAGAGUCGUUUAUCACCACAACCACAUAGUAGAACAAUUGUUUUUCAUAAUCAAAGAGAUUAUAUUUUUUUUCGACAUUAUCGUUAUAUACAUCGAUGUGAAACUAAUACCACUGGUAUUGAUGACAAUGAAGAUAAAACUAAUACUGAUCAAAUCACAAUGAAUGAAGUUGGACCGAAAUUCACGCUAAAAUUACGUUCAAUUCAAUUAGGCACCUUUGAUAGUCAAUAUGGUGAUUAUGAAUGGGUUCGUAAACGAACAGAAAUCGGUAGAAGUCGAAGAACAUUUAUUUUAUAGUUGACAAAUAAUACUUUCUUAUUGUAAAUAUAAUUAUAUAUUAAUUAA